GUCCCACACAGUCGUGUUGAGGAAUGGUUCCUCAGCUCUGUGGUUCAUAUGGAAGCUGAGGGAGCCAGUCAUGCUUGAACUGGCAAGCACGGCCUGGCCAUGUUGGUCACCCUCUGCCCAAGUGUCCCUGGCCCUGCUGCUCUCUUUUCCAUUGAGGUGUGGCACCUGAGAUUAGCAGGCCAUAGAAAGACAGGAUGGUGUGACUCUUGACAUGUCUGUGACGUCUUCUUGGAUGGCGCCGUAGGACUGAAUCGAAUUGCCUACACAACGUCAUGUUUGCGCUCUGAAUGAGAGGAUGUACUUGCCUGGGGUUAGGACUAAAGACCCUGGCUCUCCCUGCCACUCCUCCUGUCUUGGUGUCUACAGGGAGCACGAAAAAUAGCUUGGAGCAAGACCUCUACAAUCUGAACAAUUUCCUAGGAAAGCUGAGCCCCUCAGGUGGGCCGGGGAAGGAGCCUCACCCACUGGCACAGGAUCCAGAAGGCAUGAGGAAGCAGCUUCAGCAGGAGCUAGGGGAGGUGAGGGCUCGCCUGGGGCCCUACAUGGCUGCGAAGCACCAGCAGGUAGGCUGGAACUUGGAGGGCUUGAGGCAGCAGCUGAAGCCCUACACAGUGGAGCUGAUGGAGCAGGUGGGCCUGAGCGUGCAGGAGCUGCAAGAACAGUUGCGUCUGGUGGGAGAAGACACCAAGGCCCAGCUGCUGGGAGGCGUGGACGAGGCGCUGAGCUUGCUGCAGGAAAUGCAAAGUCGAGUGCUGCAUCACACAGACCGGGUCAAAAAACUCUUCCACCCUUAUGCCGAGCGCUUGGUGACCGGCAUUGGGCACCAUGUGCAGGAGCUGCACCGCAGUGUCGCUCCUCACGCGGCUGCAAGCCCCGCGCGACUCAGCCGCUGUGUGCAGAGCCUGUCCCACAAACUCACACUCAAGGCAAAGGACCUGCACACCAGCAUCCAGCGCAACCUGGACCAGCUGCGCGAGGGGCUCAGUGCCUUUGUCCGCACCAGCGUUGAUGGAGCCGAGGAUGGAGCCUCCCCGGACCCCCAGGCAAUCUCUGAGGAGGUCCGCCAGAGACUCCAGGCUUUUCGACAUGACACCUUCCUACAGAUCGCUGCAUUCACUCGGGCCAUUGACCAGGAGACAGAGGAAGUUCAGCAGCAGCUAGCACCACCCCCUCCUGACCACAGCGCCUUCGCUCCUGAGUUGGAACACCCGGACAAGGCCCUGAACAGACUGCAGAGCCGACUGGAUGACCUGUGGGAAGAUAUUAGCUAUAGCCUUCAGGACCAAGGUCAUAGCCAGCUGGGAGAGCCCUGAGGAUCUAUCUACUGGCUCAGGUUCAAUCCCCAGCUUUUUGUCUGGGAAUCCUUGGAUCCUGAGCUUCUAGCAUGGCCUUAUUGGUCAGAGGGUGGAGGGUUCUGCACAGCAUAGGUGAGGCCACCUAAUGGUGCUACCCCAACCUACCCAGCCUCCUCAGCUCCCCACUCAGGUGCAUUACACUCGCCAGGUUUCGCAAACCCA